ACGGAGCGUUGUGGGUUGGAGAUCGUUCAUGAAUUUGAAGCCACCUGAAUUUUGUCAAGUCACGGUGCUCCGGAGAUCGAAUCCGGUUACGCUGUCACCUCUUUAAACUUCACUUGUCCGCUCCCGGACUCUAAGCUACGAUGAGCAGUUUCCGGUUUCUGAAUCUUGUCCGACCAUUCCUUCCACUCCUGCCAGAGGUUUCUUCCCCAGAUCGCAAAGUUCCUUUCAACCAAAAGCUGCUAUGGACCGCCGUUACCCUCCUGAUUUUCUUGGUCUGCUCUCAAGUACCACUGUAUGGCAUCAUGUCUUCCGAUUCGUCUGACCCUCUUUACUGGAUGCGCGUCAUCCUUGCUUCCAACCGCGGAACCCUCAUGGAGCUUGGUAUCAGUCCUAUCGUCACAUCCGGAAUGAUCAUGCAAUUAUUGGCUGGGGCAAAUUUGAUCGAGGUUGACUUCACCUUGAAGGAAGACCGGGCACUGUUCGGCGGUGCACAAAAAUUAUUUGCUUUGAUAAUCUCGCUUGGGCAGGCUACAGUCUACGUCCUGACAGGUCUUUACGGACAACCAAGCGAUCUCGGUGCUGGCGUUUGCCUUCUGCUCAUCAUUCAGCUCAUUGCCGCCGCCCUCAUUGUCAUUCUCCUUGACGAACUUCUCCAGAAAGGUUACGGUCUGGGGUCGGGUAUUUCCCUAUUCGUCGCGACUAACAUCUGCGAAUCCAUCAUCUGGAAGGCCUUUUCACCUACAACUAUCAACACCGGCCGUGGUCCUGAGUUCGAAGGUGCCAUCGUCGCGCUCUUCCACCUCCUCUUUACGUGGAACGACAAAGGACGUGCGCUCCGCGAGGCAUUCUGGCGUGACAGCCUCCCAAAUAUCAUGAACCUCCUCGCGACUGUCCUCGUAUUUGCCGCUGUUAUCUAUAUGCAAGGCUUCCGCAUUGAGAUCCCAGUGAAGAGCAACAGAUUCCGUGGUCAGCGUGGCAACUAUCCCGUCAAGCUAUUCUACACUAGCAACAUGCCCAUCAUGCUCCAGAGCGCACUUUCAUCAAACGUGUUCAUUGUGUCGCAAAUGCUUGCGACGCGCUUCCCCUCUAACAUCUUGGUCAAGAUUCUUGGCGUCUGGGAGCCUCUAGAAGACUCUCCUCAGCUCCGCGCUGUAGCAGGUCUCGCAUACUACAUGUCGCCUCCCCACACCCUCAAAGAAGUUUUCCUCGACCCCAUCCACACGUUCCUUUAUAUCACUUUCAUCGUUUCGGCAUGUGCACUCUUUUCCAAGACCUGGAUCGAGGUGUCAGGCAGUGGUCCGCGUGAAAUUGCGAAACAGCUCAAGGAGCAACAGAUGGUCAUGCUUGGUCACCGUGAGGGUUCCAUGUACAAGGAACUAAAACGCGUCAUCCCCACCGCUGCUGCGCUCGGAGGCGCCAUUCUGGGUUUGCUUUCUGUCGCAGCUGAUCUCAUGGGCGCUAUCGGAAGUGGGACGGGUAUUCUGAUGGCUGUUACGAUCAUCUACAGCUACUGGGAGAUCGGUAUCAAGGAGUCUGGAGGACCUGAGAUGGCAGCGCUGAGUGAUUUCAUGUAAAAACGUUUGAUAGCGUAGCUGUGGUUGAGUCCUUGCUUGAUUAUAUGGGGGACAUGCACGCCCGGCAAGGGACGGGUGCUAGGCAGAAAGUAACUUAUACCCAACGUAACGACGCUGGACUACUCUAGCCGCUUGCAUGUCGCUUUUUGCUUUUGUUGUAAGCGAAUGGAGUACCUAUAUGGAUGCCUGGCCAGGGCUUAACUGAA